GGGUUCUGUCCAAGACCUUGAGUUGGAGAGUGACGUAAAUUAUUUUGAUUAUGCGGCCGAUCUUUAGCCCUCCUAUAUUGACUAGACUCUUUAACCAUCCAUUCAGCAUCCUGGAACCCAAGACAGGACUGAGAAUUGGUGAACGUCCUUGUUUGCUGUAUGUCAAAUCAGAAUGGCUGCACUGGGAAUAAUACGUCGUAUUCGAGGAGGUUUGUGUCAACAAAGGCACUAUGGGGGCUUUUCUUUGGCGUCUCUACCAGAAACACAUAAAAUGCUGCAGAAAACUUGCAGAGAUUUUGCAGAAGGAGAGUUGAAGCCAAUUGCUGCCAAGCUAGACCGUGAGCAUUUAUUUCCGGAAGAACAGAUCAAGAAACUAGGACAACUUGGUUUGAUGGGGAUCAAUGUGUCCGAAGAAUAUGGGGGCCCUGCUCUUGAUUCAUUAGCAUUGUCCAUUGCAGUUGAGGAAAUAGCCAGGGGCUGUGGAGGUACUGGAACCAUUGUUAGUGUCCACAAUACAUUAUAUGCAAAUGUGUUGGAUCAGCUGGGAACCAAAGAACAAAAGGAUAAGUUCCUUGUUGGUUUUGCAGAUGGCACCCAUGUUGGAUGUUUUGGCAUUAGUGAACCAGGUGCAGGUAGUGAUGUAGGAGCUAUGCUGACGACAGCAAAACUUGAUGGUGAUGAAUGGGUUUUGAAUGGUACAAAGGCAUGGGUGACAAGUGCCUAUGAAGCAAAGGCAGCUGUAGUGUUUGCUACUAUUGACAAGAGCAAAAAGCAUAGAGGCAUCACAGCAUUUCUGAUCCCUAUCCCAACCCCAGGUUUUUCAUUAGGAAAGAAAGAAGAUAAAAUGGGUAUACGUGCUUCUUCAACUUGCAACCUGAUCCUGGAAGAUGUUAAAGUUCCCCGAGAACAUGUGUUAGGCGAAGUUGGAGGUGGCUUCAAACUUGCAAUGAGCAUGUUAGAUGGUGCACGUAUCGGGAUCUCAUCACAAGCCCUAGGUAUUGCACAGGCAGCUUUGGAUUGUGCAGUUGACUAUGCAUCUAAACGGAUUGCAUUUGGAGGACCUAUCAUCAAAUUACAGAGUGUGCAGCAAAGACUAGCUGAUAUGGCUCUACGCUUGGAAGCUGCUCGACUUUUAACUUGGAGAGCUGCUGUAAUACGUGACACUGGUGAAAGAAGCACUAAGUAUUCAUCAAUGGCUAAGCUGGCAUCUUCAGAAGCAGCCACUUUUGUUGCCCACAAUUGUGUUCAGAUUCUUGGAGGUAUGGGCUAUGUGACUGAUAUGCCAGCUGAAAGGCAUUACCGUGAUGCCCGCAUCACUGAGAUUUAUGCAGGUGUCACUGAUGUCCAGAAAUUGGUUAUAGCUGAAAAUGUUGCUAAUGAAUAUGGUAUUAGCACUCGGUAGAUUUUCUUGAGAGAGAGGGCUUUGUCAUUUAGCAUUUUAAACAGCUGCUCAACAACUUAUAUGGUGAAGCCUCAAUAUAAUGUUUUUAUGAAGCUUUCCUAUAAAUGGUGUUAUCAUUUCUGUCUUAUACUGCUUCCUAGUUAUGGUGGUUUCCCACACACAGCAUUUAAUACUUUUUUUGACUCUCCCUCCUUCAACUUCAUCUUGUUAACAUUUUCUAUGAGUAUAAGACAGUUCAAUUUAAACCCCACUGUUUUAUGAAGUUUACUUUUUUUUAAUUUAAAUGGUGUAGGAAACUAAUGCUGAAAUUUGUUUGCAGGUAUGUAAUGCCUUCUUUCUAAGAAUUAGGAAUAUAUAUAAUUGACAGUCCAUUUAUCCAUCACAUUCUCUAUCUCAGAAAAUAAUAAUAAUGGACAUAUGUAAAUACAAAAGUUGUUCAUUUAGGACAGAAAACCUAGAAAAAUUAUUUUUCUAUUACAUGCAUGAGCUUGAUUCCAAAUCAUAUUCUUUGCCCAUUUUAUUAUGCAGUUCUUAUCACAUGUGAGGAGCCGGUCAUGGUAGCCGAGCGGUCUAAGGCAUGUACUGUCUUCGCUCGCUUGGAAACCGGGAUCGUGGGUUCAAA